CCACUUUACGUCAGCCGUUUAGCCGUAAAGCAAUGGACUAGAUGACAAUAAUGAUAUGAGAUAACCGAACAUUAUAACGUUACUUUACAGAAUUGUGUCUUUCUGAAGCGGCUAAAUCCCGAUAAAGUUUAACAUUUCUAAUUUGCCAACCUCUCAUUCGUCGCCACGUCUAAGCAAAGUGUUUUGUUAAUACUCAGUGUCCCUCAGUGAGGCGAGAAAGCGACGAGAGCCAGUGGAAGAAGAAUUGCUUUUAGCCAGUCAUUGCCAUGGCCUCCGAAAGCGGCGAGAGCAACAUGGAUAGAGAAAUGAUUCUGGCCGACUUUCAGGCUUGCACUGGAAUUGACAACAUUGCAGAGGCAAUCACUUUGUUAGAGCUUAAUAACUGGGAUUUAGUGGCAGCCAUCAAUGGAGUGAUACCACAGGAGAAUGGGAUCUUACAAAGUAACUUUUCCAGUGAGGCGAGCCAGUCCAGCAUGUUCGGACCUCCUAGCCAAUCAGAAGCAGCCGAUGCAGCAGCAGGAGGUGCAGUUUCUCCCCCCUCCUCUUCGUCUUUGUCCUCCUCUCCUCCGUCGUCCUCAACUUCAGCUUUUUGUCCUGUCAACGCUUCCUCCCGACACAUUGUAGAGCGUCAGCCCCGGAUGCUCAACUUCAGGGUGGAGUACCGGCAGCGCACUGUAGAGCUGGUACUGGAGGAAGGCAGCACAGUCGGAGAAAUCAAACAAAUCCUCGAGACAGAGCUUGGGGUUCCAGUGUCCAAAAUGCAGCUGAAGGGAUGGAAGUGUGGAGAUGUAUCAGAUAGUACGGUGAUGAGAAGUUUACACCUGCCCAAGAACAACAGCCUGUAUGUCCUGACUCCCGACAUCGCCCCUACUGCCAGCACCAGCAAAAACAGUGAUCUCCAAGAGUCGUUAAACCAGAACUUCCUGCUGGUCAUCAGCCACCGCGAGGCCCAGAGGGACUACAGUCUCAACUUCCCCGGCUCCCGAACCAUACAGGAGGUGAAGAGGAAUGUUUCAGAUUUAACUAACAUCCCAGUGCGGCAUCAACAGUGGGAAGGAUGGCCCGUGUCAGCGUCUGAUGACUCUAUGACGCUAGCUGUCUCUGGGAUCACCUAUCCUUGCCAUCACCUCAGUGUUUGUCGAAGGUCCUCACCAGCCAAUUCCCAGGAACCAACAGAAGAGUGUGCAGAUGUCCAUAUGGUCAGCGACAGUGAGGGGGAUGAUUUUGAGGAUGCGUCAGAGUUUGGUGUGGACGAUUCAGAGAUGUUUGGAAUGGGCUCCUCUACCUGUCGGAAAUCACCUAUGAUGCCAGAGAAUAGUGAGAAUGAAGCUGAUGCCUUACUGCACUUUACUGCUGAAUUUUCUUCAAGGUAUGGAGAUACCCACCCAAUGUUCUUCAUUGGCUCUUUGGAGGCAGCGUCUCAAGAGGCCUUUCAUGGCAAAGCCAGAGAUAGAAAGCUGCUGGCAAUCUACCUCUACAAUGAUGACAGUGUUCUCGGCAAUGUCUUCUGUUCUCAAAUGAUGUGCGCUGACUCCAUUGUCGCCUACCUGAGCCAGAACUUUAUCACAUGGGCCUGGGAUGUCACUAAAGAAGCUAACAAAGCCAGACUACUCACCAUGUGUACAAGGCACUUUGGCAGUGUGGUGACACAGACUAUACGGACAUACAAGACAGACCAGUUCCCCCUGCUCCUUAUAGUCAUGGGAAAACGAACAUCCAAUGAAGUUCUAAAUGUUAUUCAAGGCAAUACGACAGUGGACGAGCUGAUGAUGAGGUUAAUGGGAGCAAUGGAGAUCUUCACAGCACAACAACAAGAGGACAUCAAAGAUGAGGAUGAGCGUGAGGCAAGAGAGACGGUGAAAAGAGAACAGGACGAGGCCUACCGUGUGUCUUUAGAGGCUGACCGCAAAAAGAGAGAAGCCCAAGAGAGAGAAGAGGCCGAGCAGGUUCGCCUGGAACGAAUGAGAAAGGAGCAGGAGGAGGAGAAGGAGGCAAUCCGCUUGUCAUUGGAGCAGGCCCUACCGCCAGAGCCCGAGGAUUCAGGAGAGCAAAUCAGCAAACUGCGAAUCCGCACACCAAGCGGCGAGUUUCUGGAAAGGCGUUUCCAGGUCAGCUGUAAGCUUCAGGUCCUCUUCGACUUUGUGGCCUCCAAAGGAUACCCCUUUGAAGAGUUCAAGCUCCUCACCACCUUCCCUCGUAGAAAUAUCACCCAGUUGGAUCCAGGGUCGAAUCUGAUGGAGGCCAAGUUGUUUCCGCAGGAGACGCUCUUCCUGGAGUCUAAAGAAUAGGAACUGGCCCUCUGACAGCUAGGAGGACCGACUGACUGAUGAACUGGCUGGACACACACUAGUCACUGAGCACACACACACACACACACACACACACACACACACACAGACAAAACCAAUCCUCUCAGACGUAAAUAAACACACUGGCAUGCACGUCCAGUGACACACAAGUGCAAGUAAGCUUCCCUGCCCUCGGCCUGGUCAUGGCACAUGAAUGCCUAGUGUACACGUGAUGCACAGAGGAGCAAAGACAGUACACAAGCACACAGCCAAACAUUCACCUCCCCCCAAACUCUCUCUCUCUCUCUCUCUCUCUCUCUCUCUCAACUCCUCUCAACUCCUCUCACACGCUUCUCAACUUCACGUUCCCAACUGCUCUGUCAUGAUUUUUUCUCACAACACAAACACAACACAGUACGACAACAGCAUCGAGAGACUGAGAAGACAAAUCUGUCACAGGAAAAAAAAAAGAAAAAAAAAAAUGGACUUGUUACCCUUGUUUCCACAUUCAACACACCAAGGCUGCUUUUUUAGAACAUGUUUUUUUGUGUUUGAAAUUUAAAAAAAAAAUGCUAAAAAUGGAAAUGAAAUAAACAGCAGGAAGAGAUGUUGCCUGGUAGAAGUCUGGGCUGUUUCAUCUCCACCUGUAUUCCCUACCUUAACCUUCCCAAACUCCACUUUCCACCCCCUCCCCACCCUCCCCUGCCCCAUCUUCCACCCCUCCGUCCGCUGUCUGCCGGGGGGAUGAGACAUGAUGGGACACCUGCAGCAUCUGCAUUGUCCCAUCAGUCUCCACUCCCCCUUGGUUUUAUCAUCCACACAAGCCAACGGAUUGCUCAGUUUUCAGUUCUUUUUUUCCUUUUUUUCUCUUGAUCCUUUUUAAGUUUGAUGCUGUAUUAGUUUUAGUUUGAUAUACAUUAUAUAAAAUAUAUGAAUAUGAACAUCAA